AUGCCUUGCCAAGGACCGUCCGGACGCGAAGAUUUCGAGAUCGCCCUAGUUUGCGCUUUAGAAACGGAAUUCGAAGCAGCAUGCUUGGUUGUUGAACAAUUCUGGGACGGGGGUGAAGAUUUCUAUGGGAAAGCGGCGGGAGACAUGAACAGCUACCGAACCGGGCGCAUUGGUAGGCACAAUAUUGUGCUAUUGUUGCUGUCUGGAAUGGGAAAGGUUCGUGCCGCUCAUGCGGCAGCAAAUCUACACUCGAGCUUUACAAGGUUGCGCCUGGUACUAUUGGUUGGAGGUUGUGCAGCGACACCUCGAGUCGAUGAUGCUGAAAUCUUGCUCGGCGAUGUCAUCAUCAGCACAGGUGUGGUGCAAUAUGACUUUGGGAGAAAGUAUCCAGGUGGCUUUGUGAGAAAAGAUUCUGCGAGAGAUAAUCUGAGCAAACCAUGCAAAGAAGUGGAAAAUAUUUUGGCUGCGCUUCAAGUGUCUAAUAUGAAGAGCUUGCUCGCUGAAAGAACAGCUGGGCUACUUCUACGCUUACAAAAUACAACCGCUAAACAUGGCUAUGGGAUAAAGUACCAGUAUCCAGGAAUUCGUGAAGACAAGCUUUAUGAAGCGACCUAUCGUCAUAAACACCAUGUCGCAAUCACAGAUUGCAGCGUCUGCAGUCAAUCGGACAAUAUCGUGUGCGACGCAGCGCUGCAAACUCCCUGUGAGGAUCUUGGGUGUGAAAAAAGUCACUUAGUAUACCGCAAGAGGCUCGAGGAAAAAUUGCAAAUAUGCCAAAGCGGGGAUAUUUCACACCAAAACCCGGCCAUCUUCUUUGGGAUAUUUGGCUCUGGUGACAUGGUGAUGCGGUCUGGCGAGGACCGGGACGCCCUUGCUGAUAGAGAGAAAGUGAUAGCCUUCGAGAUGGAGGCUGCUGGAAUAUGGGAAGAAGUUCCUAGUAUAAUUAUCAAGGGAGCAUUCGACUAUGGCGACUCGCACAAAAACAAACGAUGGCAAGCCUUUGCCUCCGCGACGGCUGCUUGUGCCGCCAGGGCAGUUAUUGAACAGCUCGCAUGGACAGACAGAGGAGAGUCUAGGCUGCUUUCUCGAGGUAUAGGUAUGGAAAUACCUUUCAUUUCUUAA